AUGAGUAAUCGAAGUAAGAGAUUAAACGAAGAAGCUGAAGAAGACGAAGAGGAGGCGGAAGGAAUCGGUGAUUGGGAGAGAACGUAUGUGGACGAUAGAUCGUGGGAGGCGUUGCAAGAGGAUGAGUCUGGACUAUUACGCCCAAUUGAUAACAGUGCCAUAUACCAUGCUCAGUAUCGGCGUCGUCUCCGCAUGCUCUCCGCUGCUGCUGCUGGUACUCGCAUCCAAAAGGGACUUAUUCGUUAUCUCUACAUCGUCAUUGACUUCUCUCGGGCAGCUGCGGAAAUGGAUUUUCGACCAAGCCGACUGGCUAUAAUGGCGAAACAUGUUGAAGCUUUCAUUAGAGAGUUCUUUGACCAGAACCCUCUGAGUCAAAUUGGUCUGGUUUCGAUAAAAGAUGGAGUUGCGCAUACACUGACAGAUCUUGGUGGUAGUCCUGAGUCGCACAUUCAAGCGUUGAUGGGAAAGCUUGAAGCUUCAGGGGACUCUUCUUUGCAGAAUGGUCUGGAGCUUGUACAUGAGUAUCUCAGCCAGAUUCCGUCGUACGGUCAUCGCGAGGUUCUGAUAUUGUACUCAGCUCUAAGCACUUGUGAUCCAGGCAAUAUCAUGGAGACCAUUCAGAGAUGCAAGGAAUCCAAGUUAAGAUGUUCUGUGAUUGGUCUUUCUGCAGAAAUGUUCAUAUGCAAAUACCUCUGCCAAGAGACUGGUGGAUUGUAUUCUGUUGCCUUAGAUGAGGUACAUCUAAAGGAUCUUCUACUCGAACAUGCGCCUCCACCUCCGGCAAUAGCAGAGUUUGCGGUUGCAAAUUUGAUCAAGAUGGGUUUCCCACAGAGUGCUGCUGAGAAUUCAAGGGCUAUAUGUUCGUGCCACAACGAAGCUAAAAUUGGUGGCUACACGUGUCCGAGAUGCAAAGCUCGCAUAUGUGAUCUCCCUACGGAAUGCACGAUAUGCGGUCUGACGCUUGUUUCAUCGCCACAUUUGGCGAGAUCAUACCAUCAUCUCUUCCCAAUUGCUCCAUUCGACGAGGUUCCUCUUUCAAGUCUCAAUAAUCUAAUGCCAAAGAGUUGCUUUGGCUGUCAACAGAGCCUACGUGGUGCAGGGAACAAGGGCGGGUCAUGUGUAACAUGUAGUAAAUGCAAGCAUUAUUUCUGUCUGGACUGUGACAUAUACAUCCACGAGAGCUUACACAACUGUCCUGGAUGUGAGAGCAUUCACCGUCCCAAAUCAGUUUCCAUGAUGGAAGAAUGA